AUGGCAAAGGCUUAUCUUAGAUUUCUCUUGGUAGCAUUUGCUCUCAUCCUGAGCAGUAGUUGUAUCCAUGGAGGAAGGAAUUCAGCCAGAAAAGGAACGAUCAAAACCAUCCAUAGUACGGAUGGUGAUAUUAUCGAUUGUGUUGAUAUCUACAAACAACCUGCUUUCGAUCAUCCACUACUAAAGAAUCAUAAAAUACAGAUUGAACUAGGUUUCAUUCCAAGUCAAUGGAACCAAGAAAAGCAAGAGAGUGUGGUUAGGCAGACUUGGCAUGAGAGUGGUGAGUGCCCAGAAGGAACAAUCCCCAUUAGAAGAUCAACGACAUCAACUCCAGUUAGAAGAUCAUCGACAUCAACUCCAGUUAGAAGAUCAACAUCAUCAUUAGUGUCAUCUCCAUUUCCAUAUUCCAUUCAACCCAAUUUUAGCUUCCGAGGUGAACCAUAUGAGUAUGCUGUGGCAUUUGAAAACCAUGCGAUGUACCGUGGAGCUUCAGCAAAACUUAACGUAUGGAAUCCUCGCACAAAUGAAAAUGAAAGAAGUUCAGCUCAAAUUUGGCUUGUCGCUGGCUAUAUAGAGAACAUAAAUACUGUGGAGGUUGGAUGGGCCGUUGAUCCCGAGAGGUAUGGUGAUCACAAAACAAGGUUAUUCGUAUAUUGGACGACAACUAGUUAUCGACAAGGCUGCUUUGAUCUUGAGUGCCCUGGUUUUGUGCAAUUAUCUCCAAAAUAUGCUCUGGGAACAGACCUACAUCCUUUAUCCUCUUAUGAGGGACCCCAAUAUGAAAUAAACAUAUUUAUUAUACAGAAUUUACAAACGGGGAAUUGGUACCUGAAAUUCCAAGACGUGAUACUGGGAUACUGGCCGGGGAGCCUUAUGCAGGCAAUGAAAAAUGGGGCUGCGGGCGUGCAGUGGGGAGGGCAGGUGACGAACUUGAGAUCAGGAGACCGUCACACUACGACUCAAAUGGGAAGUGGGUAUUUCACGCCAGGAGGCUUCCAGAAAGCGAGCUUUGUGAAAAAAAUGGAAGUAAUUUCCAAUGGCGUGGUUAGAGAUCCAGAGAACAUCGACACGCAGGUGUCGAAUGUCUUCUGCUACGAUUUGCAUGUUGCAAUCAGAAAUGACGACAAUGGAUUCUAUUUCUAUUAUGGAGGUCCUGGGUAUGGAACCGCCUGCACAUCAUGA